GAUUGGUGAGGAAGAUUAGUUGCUAAUAAUUAAGACAGAAGCAUACGUGGCAGCUUAGGGUUCACCCCAAGUCCUAAAAAAGCUCCCCCCUACCCUUCCCCCAUUUCCCCCCAAACCCAAACGCUGUCGACACUCGACACUCCCUCACCCACUCUCUCUCUUCCAAAUUCAUGGUCCCACCGGCCACCGGCUGCCGGAAUCGGAGGCCAUGAACGGCGGCGGCACCGCCACCUUCCGAUCCAUCCUCGACAAGCCUCUCAACCAGCUCACCGAGGAUGACAUUUCUCAGCUCACUCGCGAAGACUGUCGCAGAUUCCUCAAAGAAAAAGGGAUGCGCAGGCCUUCCUGGAACAAAUCGCAGGCGAUCCAACAGGUCAUUUGCCUCAAAGCUCUUCUCGAACCUUCCGACGAUGACGCUCCUCCCGCCAUGCACCAGGCCAAUUUCACUCAACCUAUUCCUAAGGCCCCGCCUCCUGAACCACCCGCUUUUCAUGCCGCCGACGACUUUCACAACUCUCCCUCUUCUGGGGAAAAACCUACGGAAACCAAUGAUACCAACCUUGCUAGCCCCAGAGGGUGUGCAACUAGUGGAUCAUUUGGACAAAUGACAAUUUUCUAUUGUGGUAAGGUGAAUGUCUAUGAUGGAGUCUCACCUGAUAAGGCUCGAGCAAUCAUGCAGCUUGCAGCAAAUCCUGUCCAGGUUACUCAAGAUGAUCCAAUAAAUGGAAAUGCAGCAGUUUGGACUUCUCCUUGCCACAUGACCAUGGAUGUCCCUGUUGAUACAACAAUACUUCAGGUUGCUCAAGCAGGUAAUAAGAUGUUGGAAUAUCCUCUGCCAUACAGAGAGAAAGGGAGCAUAGUUCGUGAUGCUGAGGGUCAGGCAAGCAGAAAAAUGUCAUUGCAGCGAUAUCUUGAAAAGCGUAAGGACAGGGGAAGAUUGAAAGGCAAGAAAUUGACGGGGAUAACUUCAUCUAACUUCGAGAUGUAUUUGAACCUUCCAGUGAAGGUCCAUGCGUCAAAUGGGAAUUCAAGCCGUAGUAGUACUAGCUCUCCACCACAGCCUCGACUGCCUCUAGUUUCCAGUGGUUCAGCUGACAACCAGAUAAAAGUUGCACUUCCCAUUGAUCUCAAUGACAAAGAUGUUCAAGAAUGCUAAAAGUGAAACUAGAUAGAUUAUGCAGGGUUGGGAGUCGUAGAUGAUCGAAGGGAGAUGAUCAAUGUAUAGGAGGCUACUGCAAGACUUGGAAGUGCUCUUAGACUGGUCAAUUUUAGUAUGUUUAACUGCUGGGCAAAUUUCUUUCGUUUAGGAUAGCGGAGUGUCGUGCUUACCUGAUCAAUUUUGUAAUAUCAGCCAUCUAAUUUCAUCCUCUGGGAAUUUCUUGUUACUGAAGUUUUAAGGUUUUGUGAGCUGAAAUGUAGAGCUAGGAGCAGCCAUUUUCCUACGAAUAUAAGAUAUGUAAAUUCAUUGCGCUGCUUGUUGUUAAAUGUUAAUAGCUUUUGUGCAAGCCAAACUAGUCUCUUACUCUUCCCGUGUUUGUUUACUCCAUUGUUGAUUUUGAAUGUUUCAGUUUGUAUGACUACUAGUAGUUUCGCUGAAUGUUGAUAUUUUGUAUGCCAUAAUGUCAUCCUUUUAGCCGCGGACAGCCUUUGAAUUUGACAAGAAAAAUAAUUGUU